UGGACUGGGCACAUAUGACAACUCAACAGCUCAGUUCAUUCAUAGCAAGUGUGCCUUCGAGCAGAGAAGUAUAUUGUAGAUCUGCUUCACCAUGUUACAUCCAGCUGCUACAGUGUCUCCGCAACUAAAACAGCCGCUCUACAUCGACACGGACAUUAACUACAGUUUGGAUAUGUCCAAGUUCCCUGGCCUGGACGACCCCUCCCACCUUCAGCAGCCAGCAUUGUUGAUCGCCACACCGGACACAGUUUCAAACUAUUUCUAUCAUUGUGCAUAUACCAUUCCGCCCAGUGAAGUUACAGAUGUUGACAAUGCCAUGUCCUCCUGUUGUGUGCAGUAUCCAAGGCACGUGUAUACACCUUCCAAGUUUCCCGACAACAACAUUAGCAAUCAUUCUGAUGCAUCUUGUGGACAUAUCUUGGAGGAUAUUCUCAAUGUGAUAGAUACCUGCGCGGACGGAUUACUUGAACGAUUAAUGAAGAUUCCAGAGAGUACAACUUCAAGCAAUACGAUAGUACCAAACACGAAUACACCUCGUCUGUGUCACUCUGAUCUGUCACACCCACCUCUGUUAUCAAGGAAUUACCAGCAGAAUGGACACAUACAUUACAGAUUCUUCCAUGGCGCGAGACACGUCCAGAACAACACACCUUCAUGUCCAACAGGUGAUACUGGAUUACGUCGGAUUUCUGACUGUGUGCGUAAUCUGCAGUCCUUGUCAGCUGUCAAAGAUAGUGUAUCUUACAAGAGGAAGCGAACACAUGACGGGUUUGAAUCUGACAUACAAAAGCGACAAUGUAAAGGACUCGAUACUUUCGAUAUUGGUCGUUACUAUGGUUACCAUGGAUCGUAUCUUGGAUAUCAGCAAGUGCCACCGUUUACAAGACGUGUUGUGACGUAAAGGCAUUAUCUUACAAUUUUAUAUUUAAUUUAUAUCAUUAUACUUAUAUGAGAAAUAAUUUUCUUAAAGGUGCUAUGAACAUUCCCGGAUGCCAAAUGUAUUUUACCGUAUUGUUUUUUUCUGCACCAAUUCACUAUAUGAAGAGGUAACAGUGUGUUCAUACAGAUAUGUUAUGGAUCAUUCAACAUUACAUGAAUAUAUACAUAUAAAGUAUAUUUUACUCAUUUGCUUGGUAACAGGAUGACUUACAUUUCUAUUUUAUGGAUGUACGGGUUCCAUCCCCCGAAGCAACAAAAUGGUUUCGUCUAAGUACGAACAAUAAAA